AUGUCUACUGAAGAUGAUCCUGCAUUGCCAUCACCGAUGUUUAACUUUGAAUGUUACUUAUCAACGAUUGAGAAAAAUUCUACGGUAGACAAUUUUUCACCAAAUCAUAUUUGUACGAUAUUUGAUGAUUUUCUUAUUGAAUUUGAACGAAUCGAACAAAGUGGUGAAGUCACAAUACAAAUAUUCUUAGAUGCUGUAGAAGAAAUAGCAAAUGUCGUUCUCUCAAUAGAAUCCCAUAGACUACUUGAUCCACAAGUUCGUGUUCAUCCACUAAUACGUUUUCUACAUCAAAUGCUUAUUGAUCUGUUAGCUAAUUUGCGGGCGUCCGCCAUGCAUUUGAGUAUUAAAGAAACAUACAUAUUUCUCAAGGUAACAAUCGUUUUUAUUCAUGCUGCUGAGCAAGCGACUAUAGUUAGCGUUGAUCAAGAUGAAAAACUAAAGAGACAUUUAUUUGCAAUGAAUGAAUUAGUGUUGAAAAUACACGAACAAGUAGAUUAUGCGGUUAUCAGUCAUACAUUUCCCACUGAUGGUCCUAAUAUAAGCUCAUUGGGUUUAUUGACUUUUAAACUCUUGGCCGGACAUCCAUUUUAUUAUCCUAUGGAACAAUUUCAACCGAUGAUUCACUACUUGAUGAUGGAUUGGCUUGAUUCAUAUGAUUGUAUACAAGCAGUACGUCGACUAGAACAUGGUGAAGAACUGACCAAUAUCGAAUUUUCUGUUCUUUUAACUUGUUGGGAAUAUAUUUGUUCGAAAUCUCUAAUUAAACAAGAUUUUUCGACACGAAUCACUUCAAUUGAUCUUAUUGAUAAGAUUUGUGAUGAACUUCUGAUACGAGUAGAACAUAUUCUUGAACACGCACAAGUCUUGGCGCCUGAAGUACUAUCACAUAUUCUAGAGCGAUGUCAACAACAGCUCAACGUUCAUAAUCUUCCUUCUUUCGAUACCCAUGCACUAACUAUUAUUCAUCAUUUAACGAACAUGUUAAAGAAUCCCUUAUCAACUACUACUGACAACGAAGCCUUGAUUUUCGUUGCCUUACAAGCUUUUCGAAGUUUCUCGAGAAAUCCUGCGUUUCUGGCCAUUAUGAAAAGGUGUUCCUUAACAACUGUCUUCAAUGCAUACGCAUCUAGUUCGUCGAGUCAUAUUAAAAAAUCGGCAGCAGAUAUUCUUACGAAAAUUACCGAUGAACACGAGUCCCAUGAAUUCGGUAGAGCAAUGAAAUCACUUGAUAACGAAAUCGAAUUACAAAACAAAAAAUUGAAACAAUCUGAAGAAAUCGUUAAAAUGAAAGCAGUUAAAUCUAAAAGUAAACCAAAAAUGAACGAUGGCAUGGAGAAGAUUACCAAGUGGGACGAACAAAAAGUUCGUGACUUUUUAAUUCAACAGAACCUUGUUGUAAUGAUAUCAAUUUGCGAUGGAAUCAAUGGCGAAGAAUUAUAUAAUCUGUAUCAUAUGUGUAAGACGAAUUCUGCAUUAAUGUAUCGUUCAUUGAAAUCUGAACUUUCAAAAGUUCAUCAUGGAGUUUUAUCAAUAUCUUCAUAUCUUCAUUUUGUGAGUCGACUAGCUACUGUCUGUGAUGAUGACGAUGUUUUGGUAUAUACAAACGUUUAUAACAGAGAUUUGCUUGAAAAUUUUUAA